AUUUAAGACUAUUCGAAACCUCACUGUGGCUGGGUAGUGGACAUGACUUUUGUGCACGAUAGUACAUAUUAAUUUUAUUUAAAGAGUAGAAUUGGUGUAAAUUAUUUUUGUAAAUAAUUUUGAUCUUCAGGUUUUCAUACUCUGUCUACAUCAUGGUUUUAAUUUUAUUAUUAUUAGAAUGUUGUGUGAUCAUCAUAUGUAUUAAGAAAUAAUGUACAGUAUUCCUUAAGUACUGUGUCAGUAUAGAUAUACUGUAAUUGCAGUAUAAAGUACAGGUACACUACAGUAAUUGCCAAAAUAUGAUGACAGUACUGUGUCCUAUACAGGUACAGGUAUCCCUCAUUUGACGUUUGUUGUUGUGUUCAGGAAACCUAAUGCUAAGCAACAUUAUCUCCAAUUGAGGGAUUACAGCAAAGUACGUACGGCAAACAACAGGAUCAAAGAGCAGGGUGGUAGAUAUUGAGUACGGUAGAGUACUGUACUCCCUAAUAAUAUUAAUAAACUAGUUUGAUAUAAACUGUUUCGAAGUUAAGCGAUUGAUUUCCUAUUAACACUCUUGGGUUUAGUGAGGUGCUCUCCAGCAUUGCUCAAGUGAGUGUUUGGGGCCAAGCUACUAGAGGGGAGGGAGGAGCUGAGUGUUGGUGUGGGGGGACUGCCACUAACUGAAGAACUCUUGUUGACAGAAAAUUGAGAAGCUUAUUAAGGUGUGAUUAGUGUAAGCAGGUCUAUUGGGACAUGUGACAGUCCUUAUGAAUGGCAUGCAAUUUAAAGAAAUGGCUACUCAUGUGAGGGAUGUCAAGUGGCCUCAUAUGAAGGAUGUCACAGUUUAAGGGUUGGUUACUUUAGUCUCUUCCCCUUGGCAGAUUUCAUUUAAUUUUUGUUCAUAUUUCAGGAGGACCCAAGUCAUAAUUUCUGAUACAAAGUUGGUACAGUACAAAACUAAGUUAUAACUUUAUAAUCCAAAUUGUUCAGUUUUUUAUUUCUGAAAGUAAAAAAUACGUAUAUGGCUCCAUUAAUUUUGAGGCCUCGGAGUAAAGAGGUCAGCUUUUAAAUCAGUAAUAGUUGACAUCUGUGUUUAUACUGGGAUUUAGGGUGCACAGACUCUGACUGCUGUUUAUUUCCUACAAUUAGUUAACUAUUCUUUCAUAGUGGAAUCCCACCUUAUACCAACACAAAAUGUCUUCAAUACUUGUUAUCAGUAACUUAUUAUUGUCAAGUCCAGUACUGUACAGUAUCUGGUGUUAGGAUUGAGUUCAUAACUGAAGUUUGUCAUGUAAUGUAUAUAGUCCCAUUCAGAGGUGAUAGAUUUUUUGUAGAAUGCCAUGGGUAAGAAAAGAAUAGUAAUUACUCUACUAUAUUUUUUUUCUAUGUUUGGUUAAGAUAAAGAGUACGGUACUGUAUAUGCAACUUAUCCUAUAAUUAUGAAGAACUACAAUACCUGUUGAGAAAUACAUUAAUUUUUUUUUUAUCUUAUGAAUCCUAUUUUCAAUGUAAUACAAAUACUUAAUCUAAGCAAACCUAAUUUUGAAAGUGCUAAUCAUCACUGAUUUUGGUGUCAAAUUUUCCACCACAAAUAAUCAAGACAAAGCAUAUGUCAACCUUCAUUUGUUGUAGAUUGACAAUGUAUUAGUGCACACAUCAAACAUCUCUUUCCCUCUUCACCACUGGUAUGGUUGCUAGCUGUUUGGGUGUUCAGUCAUUUAUCCAUUAUGCACUAUUGGUAUUUACUGGGCAUACACAGGUUCUUGAAUGUAUUACAUGUACAGUACAUACACCAGUGUUGGUCAAGUCUUGUUUAAUAUAAGCUCACACUUGGUGCUGGCACAACAUUACCUGGCAGGUUACUCUUAAAGAGUUCACAACUUUUACUUCAAAUAAUUUAGCCCUGACAGUUUUCUGUUCCUGUGGUGUCUUUAAUGUGAAACUGUGACCUUAAGUGAGAUGGGCAUAUGCUAACUCCAGAUGUCCUUUGAGGUGUUAAUUAAUCACCCCUUGAAGGCAUACUAAACUCUCUUAAUUUAUGAGCUGCUCAAUUGCAUGCACUAGUUUGGUGGAACUCUUUUUGAUGUUUAGAUUAUCUCGGGGACCAAACAAAAUUACAGUACUGUACAGUACUGCAAGUUGAGAAACACCAAGGCAAUGAAGAGCUGUAUGAGGGACGGACCAUCAAGGGAUGAGUAUGAUCUUUGCCAAAGCCAGUUAUCCGUAUAAACACCCAGGACUUUUUUUUUUCGUAUAGUUUCAAUUCAAUUUCUUCAUCAAAGUUUCCCCACCACUGACUUAAACUUUUCUUCAUUUGUUGGCUUUUUACAAGUUGCUUGUUGGAAACAUCUUUGUUUUGUGCAGCUAGCAACUUCUUUGUAUGCACAGGCCCUUGAACUUAUCUAAAUCAAUGCCGGUCUAGCCUGGGUUUUAAAGAGAUUGUAAAUUGUUUUCUGUCAACAUUCAUUGUUUAUGAUUUAUUAUUUCACCAGUUAUGAGUUCACUAGGCAUUCAGGUGGUUGGUGUAUUCUUUAUUAUAUGUAUUGUACAGUACUGUACUUUGUUUUGAAGUUUAUUGUUCAGUUUUAGUACAGGAGGGCACCAGAAUAUCACGAGGAAACCUGAGAUGUUUGGUGGGGUUGCAGGGGAUAACAUCUUUUCCGUCUGUGUCCUGGGUCAGGACCUUAAAUUUGAACUCGGGAUACAGUGGUGAUAUAUUUGCUCGUUACUACUGUACCACCACCUUUAUACAAUGACUUCAAAACUCUCAGCCAAAAUAAGUUUGUUCUGAUAGUAUUGAGUGCUGGUAGCUUCUUUUGCUUGAGAUUGAGACCUCCAGUGGAGCAGUCAUCUUUUAAUUCCUGAAACAUUGGUGUAACAAUGCUGUGUAAUGUGAAUAACUCUCACUAUUGUGUCCUGGGUUGAACUACAGUAAAAGAAUGGCUUGAAGAAGGUGUGGGAAGGGUGUUAUCCAGUGUGACCCGACCAAAAAUCACAGGUUUUCUCCUGCAAUAACACUGGACAAUGAAGGUCAUAACAAAAGGCAGACCAGCUGCCCAAAUGGAUAGUAAGUUAAUAAUUGGUGAAACUAUAAAAUAAAGGAGGCAAAGAUGGGAAUAUACAUGGAUUACUUAUUUAAGUUAACAAUAUUGGAUGGAUGUGAAGCAUUUGGGAUUCUGGAUGCAAGAUGAAUGAGUGAGUAGAAAACAGUGGAAAUUGUGUGCUUGAGAAUAAAAUGUGGUGUAAAGAGGAUACUAGUUAUGAUAGUGAAGGAUUAUAGGACUGAAGGCCUACCAGAGUUUACAUAAGUGAUGAUUCACUGAGAGAAUGAGAAGCCUUGCUGGUCCCCAAGGAGGAAAAGAGUGAGUGUUGGGGAACAGGAAUAACAGACGGUUAUGCUCUAAAUAUAAAAGGCCAGGAGGAUGAAAGGGGCAUGUAGGGCUCAGAAGGGCCCUUGAGGCCACCAUAAACCCCAAAUAUAAAGGGCCCAGGAGGGCAGGUACCAUGGACCCCACAAAGGGCCCAGAAGGGCACCAUGGACCCCAGAUAUAAGCGGCCCAUGAGGACACCAUGGACCCCACAUGUAAAGGGCCCAAGAUGGCACCUUUAACCCCGCAUGAAGGGCCCAGGAGGGUACCAUGGAGCCCACAUAUAAAGGGCCCAGGAAGACACCAUGGACCCCACAUAUAAAGGGCCCAGGAGGGCACCUUGGAGCUCAUAUAAAGGGCCCAGACGGGCACCAUGGACCCCACAUAUAAAGGUUAAAGGUUCCAGGAGGGCAAAAUGGGCCCCAAAUAUAAAGAGCCCAGGAGUUCUCCAUGGACCCUAAGUAUAAAGGGCCUAGGAGGGCACUAGCCUCAUCCUUAUUACUUCCCUAUUCAGGCCAUUUGCACUUCUUCAAACUUCACCCAUUUGAACUUUCCUCAUUCACAGAAUUCCUCCUUCCCUAAACCGUGAAGUUUGGAGUUAGCAUUGCUUAUACUCUGUACUGUACAGCCAUGCAGCGUUAUCAUUAACGAUCAUGUAGUUCUUCACAAAUGGAGAGAAGAAAGGAAUAAUUUUACACUUAUCAUGCAAGCAUGAUAUAGUAUCUGCUAUAAUGGGGGAUACUGGAGUGAAUGGACUCUUAGAUAUGAUAGACAAUAAUGGUGUUAAUGGUGAGGUGGUUGUUGUUGUGGAGGGGAUGGAAAUUGAAGAUGAAGCUGUUAUGGUUCACACAGAAACUGGAACUACCGUUUACAGAAAUUUCUCUUGUCAAACAGAUUUUACAACACAUAUUGGAGCGAGUAUCCCUGUUCUCUUCUGUGGAUUGUUUUCUCCAUCUUGUGAUGCUGAAACACAAUGUGACAUUCCUCCUCUGAAAGUGAAUGUUUCUGUUUGUACAUAUGGUAGUAAAAAGGUUAAUUCAGCAAUAAGAUGUGCAACUGAGAAAAUAAGAAAAUAUCCCCUUGCUAGUCCUGUUGAACCCAAAGAGUCUGUCAAGGAAAAAACUGAUCUUCAGCAACAAACUAUUGAGGAAGUGAUACGUAAGGUGCCAGCCGUUGAUGGUAAUGAUAGCGACAUUUCAUUGUUUAACAGUGACACUGAUACGUGUAUAUUGUUUAACAGUGACACUGAUAUAAAGGAGAUGGCUGAAUGUGCUGCUGCAGUUUCUACACAAUAUACACAACAUUCACAUCUGAAACAAAGAAAACAGAAGAAGCCUCACAAAGAUGAUGAUUUUAAUUGGGGAAUUGAUACUGGCUCUUGUGAUGAAGCAAAAAAGAAGCCAAGAAAGAGAACAAAGAAGCCAAAGGCUGAGGAAAAAUUUACUGGUGUAGUAUUUGACCCCAGAAAAGGCAGCAGUAAAAAAAAGGACAUUCGUGAAACAUGUGAUAAAAAUUACCCCACUGAAAAUUCUGACCGGGCUUUCGUACCUUUUAAGUGUAGAGAGAAGACGGGUAAGAACAGUGAGCUGGGAACACGAGAUGUAAUAGUUAGUAAGGAGGAGGACCAGACAGAAGAAUGUUAUAGUGAUUGGAUUACUGAUGAUGAAGUUGAUGACGAUGAAAGUGAUUCUGGAAAACCUGCUUUUAAUCAAGGUAACCGCACGUGUUCACAUUGUACGUUGACAUUUAACUCGCCCUUGUUACUUCUAGAACAUUUAGAAGGUAAUCAUGCAGCCCAGGUUUGUAAUAUAUGUGGAUUUACAACUCCAUUUAAGCAUGGAUUAAAAAAGCAUAUGGUGAAACAUUCAAAGGAAAGAGCAUUUGUGUGUGAUAUUUGUGGUAAACAGUACUCGCAGAAGCAAUAUUUAAGGGAUCAUAUUUCUCGUGCACAUAGUGAUUAUGACCAUGGAAACAGAUACCCAUUUAACUGUCAGCAUUGCAAAAGACUUUAUCACAGUGAGGCAAACUUGAUCAGACAUCAAAAACAAGAAAGUGGCCCCUGUGAAGUUUGUGGAGUUUUGUUAAAUUGCAGUGGUCUUUUGUGGCAUCAUAAGAGGGACCAUUUUUCUCAGAGUCCAACACAUAAAAAAAAAACCAUUAAGUGUCCAAUCUGCCCAAAGAAAUUUGCCUUUCAAUCUUAUUUGAAUACUCACCUUGCAAAUACCCAUAAAGAGGGUUCCCUGCAAUAUAAAUGUCCUGAUUGUAGUUUUUGUACUAGAUCAAAGCCUUACCUAACAUCUCAUAAGAGUAGAAUGCAUAAACCUCCACUGAAAUUAUACUCUUGUGGCUUCUGUAAAAAAGAUUUUAGGAGCAAUUCUCGUCUAGUAGAACAUACACGUAUUCACACAGGUGAGAGACCUUUUUCAUGUCCUGUAUGCUGCAAAACAUUUUAUACUCAGGGUAACCUCUAUGCUCAUGAAAGGUCUGUUCAUAACAGACUAACAAAUUAUGGUUCAAGAGAUACAGAAAGUCGACAAGACGCAGCCAUGAUGCGUCGUAAGAUUUCAAGUUGUUACGAAUGUCAUCUUUGCGAUUCAACAUUUCCAACACUCAGGAAACUCAAGUAUCAUUUAUUUAGAGAUCACAAAAUAGAUAAUGAUGCAAAAAAGGGGGACAAUGUCGAACAGGAACGAGUGGAAGAAAUGAGUGAAGCUGGGAUGGUGCCGGUACAAAUGGAAGCAAAUGCCAAAGAUCUCUUGCCUGAAGACUUUGAACCAACCGUAAAGGAAAAUGACACAAUAAAUGCCAUUCCUCCAAGUGAUGAGGGAGUUGUGAGUAGGGUAACCUUACCCAUGCCAGCUUAUGUUGUACCUCCAAAUGUUAACUUUGUAAAGAUUGAUGGUGUUGAGUACCAUGUUGUAAGAAGUAAUCAGUGAAAUGUUAUAGGUACUUUUUUACCAUUACUGUGAAUAUUGAUUUAGCUACUCUUCUUUUUAACUGAUUCAAGAAAUAUGUUUUAGAAGUAGCUAUUCUUUUUUAAAUAAUACCUGUGGCUAUACUGCAUUAUGAGAGAGACUUAAUGACAGUUUUGCCCUUUUUAAAAAGGAAAUCCACCUUCUGCUGUUGAUAUCUCAUGUAUUGUCCUUUAAGGUUCUUUUCAAUCAUCACCCAUAGUAUCAGUCUGACUAUGUAUACAGUACAGUAUUGAUUUUAUUAAUUACAGUACCUAUACAGGUAAGUGUUUUUCCAAUUUAUUCCUUUAUUCUCUUACUGGUUGUGUAAGAUUUCAGCAUUAUAUUUACCAGGGAAUUUAUUUAAAGUUGUCGGCAUCUUCAGUGAACUCAUUAGAAUUUAAUGUUGUGAAUGAUUUUGCCAUGAUGUAAAUAUUAAUUUUAUUUAAAGAGUAGAAUUGGUGAAAAUUAUUUUUGUAAAUAAUUUUGAUCUUCAGGUUUUCAUACUCUGUCUACAUCAUGUAUCAAGAAAUAAUGUAUAGUAUACAUACCUUAAAUACUGUAUCAGUAUAGAUAUACUGUAAUUGCAGUAUGAAGUACAGGUACACUACAGUAAUUGCCAAAAUAUGAUGACAGUACUGUGUCCUAUACAGGUACAGGUAUCCCUCAUUUGACGUUUGUUGUUGUGUUCAGGAAACCUAAUGCUAAGCAACAUUAUCUCCAAUUGAGGGAUUACAGCAAAGUACGUACGGCGAACAACAGGAUCAAAGAGCAGGGUGGUAGAUAUUGAGUACGGUAGAGUACUGUACUCCCUAAUAAUAUUAAUAAACUAGUUUGAUAUAAACUGUUUCGAAGUUAAGCAUUUGAUUUCCUAUUAACACUCUUGGGUUUAGUGAGGUGCUUUCCAGCAUUGCUCAAGUGAGUGUUUGGGGCCAAGCUACUAGAGGGGAGGGAGGAGCUGAGUGUUGGUGUGGGGGGACUGCCACUAACUGAAGAACUCUUGUUGACAGAAAAUUGAGAAGCUUAUUAAGGUGUGAGUAGUGUAAGCAGGUCUAUUGGGACAUGUGACAGUCCUUAUGAAUGGCAUGCAAUUUAAAGAAAUGGCUAUUCAUGUGAGGGAUGUCAAGUGGCCUCAUAUGAAGGAUGUCACAGUUUAAGGGUUGGUUACUUUAGUGUCUUCCCUUUGGCAGAUUUCAUUUAAUUAUUGUUCAUAUUUCAGGAGGACCCAAGUCAUAAUUUCUGAUACAUAGUUGGUACAGUACAAAACUAAGUUAUAACUUUAUAAUCCAAAUUGUUAAUUUUUUUAUUUCGGAAAUUAAAAAAUACGUAUAUGGCUCCAUUAAUUUUGAGGCCUCGGAGUAAAGAGGUCAGCUUUUAAAUCAGUAAUAGUUGACAUCUGUGUUUAUACUGGGAUUUAGGGUGCACAGACUCUGACUACUGUUUAUUUCCUACAAUUAGUUAACUAUUCUUUCAUAGUGGAAUCCCACCUUAUACCAACACAAAAUGUCUUCAAUACUUGUUAUCAGUAACUUAUUAUUGUCACGUCCAGUACUGUACAGUAUCUGGUGUUAGGACUGAGUUCAUAACUGAAGUUUGUCAUGUACUGUAAUGUACAGUAUGUAGUCCCAUUCAGAGGUGAUAGAUUUUUUGUAGAAUGCCAUGGGUAAGAAAGGAAUAGUAAUUACUCUACUAUAUUUUUUUUCUAUGUUUGGUUAAGAUAAAGAGUACGGUACUGUAUAUGCAACUUAUCCUAUGAUUAUGAAGGACUACAAUACCUGUUGAGAAAUACAUUAAAAAAUUAUUUUAUCUUAUGAA